UCGCGCCAACUUGGGAAAUGCGUUGCGUCGUCGUAUCCCGUGAAAAUCAUCGAGACUAAGGCGAAUCCGCGCGAAUCCCCAAAGGAUUAGCCCCAAAAAUAUAAUAACUAUAAUUGCAAAUAGCAAACAAAGUGUGACCAAAGUGAUAUAUGUGUGUGCCUGUCUGCCCGUCUAUUUGUAAAUAAAUCCAUUGCUAUUUUCGCAACCGCUCACUUUGUGGGCAAUUAGCACAAAGUGUCGAGCAAUUUUCCGUCUCAAUUGAAGUGCUGCUUACCCUUUGCCAAAAGCAUCCGUUUAACAAUGUGAUGACUUAAUGAAAAGUUAAUACGUCUCUGAAUAAUUGCAGCAAAUUGAAAUAUUAAUUGUUCAACAUUUGUUUCGUGUGCGCCGCGGACCAAAGUUGUCUCUAUCUCGCUGUAUUGGCAUUGCCUGGCUAAAAAUACAAGAAAGUCCACAGCUAUACGAAUUCUAAUAACAACAAGUUUUAUUUAUUGCCCAAAUAUAUUUGUGUGUUCUGUGUGUGCUUGUGUCUCGUCCAUAAAGACGCUAGGCAAAGGCGUAUAAUUAUCUAAAUUCCUGUGCUAGUAACACUUUCAGCACCAGCAGAAAGUCAAGCCAUUAAAAAAUAUAUAUCGCGCCGAGGAAUCGCCAAAAAUCAGCGCACCAACAGAAGGCAUAAAAAUAUAGCAAAAAAUAUAACAAAAAACAGAGGCCGCAUAAAUAAUCAAGCAAGAUGUCGGCCUCCACGCGAAGUUCGGUGACGAGAAAAUCAUCGCUAUCAAAAAGUUCUAGUUCAGACAAAUCCGCAAAGUCCUCGCCGAAUUCCGCGAAAACCCCGACGACCGCCAGUGGAAACAAACAGAAGAUGCAGUACACAAAAACCAGGGAGCGCAUGGUCGAUGAUGUUCCGCUGCCGCCCGCCCACAAGCUGACCAUGUCAGAGGUGUACGACGAUCCCAAGACGGGAAAACCCAACUUCGACGCACUGCGCCAGCACUUUCUGCUGGAGGGGCGCAUCGAGGAGGCGGUGGCCUUGAGGAUCAUCACGGAGGGAGCCGCCCUGCUGCGCGAGGAGAAGAACAUGAUCGACGUGGAGGCACCCAUUACCGUGUGCGGCGACAUCCAUGGCCAGUUCUUCGAUCUCGUGAAGCUCUUCGAGGUGGGCGGUCCGCCGGCCACCACCAGGUACCUCUUCCUAGGCGACUACGUGGACAGGGGAUACUUCAGUAUUGAGUGCGUUCUUUACCUGUGGUCCCUGAAAAUAACCUACCCCACCACACUUUCCCUGCUGCGAGGCAAUCACGAGUGCAGGCACCUCACAGAGUACUUCACCUUCAAACAGGAAUGCAUCAUCAAGUAUUCGGAAAGUAUUUACGACGCCUGCAUGGAGGCGUUCGACUGCCUGCCCCUCGCCGCCCUCCUCAAUGGGCAGUUCCUCUGUAUCCACGGCGGUCUGUCGCCCGAGAUUUUCACACUCGACGACAUCAAGACGCUGAAUCGUUUCAGGGAACCACCCGCCUACGGGCCCAUGUGCGAUCUGCUCUGGUCCGAUCCCCUCGAGGACUUUGGCAACGAGAAGACCAACGAGUUCUUCUCGCACAACUCGGUGCGCGGCUGCUCCUACUUCUUCAGCUACUCGGCCUGCUGUGAGUUCCUGCAGAAGAACAACCUGCUCUCCAUAGUCAGGGCCCACGAGGCCCAGGAUGCGGGGUAUCGCAUGUAUCGGAAGAACCAGGUUACGGGCUUCCCCUCGCUGAUCACCAUCUUCUCCGCCCCCAACUAUCUGGAUGUUUACAACAACAAGGCAGCUGUGCUCAAGUACGAGAACAACGUGAUGAACAUCCGCCAGUUCAACUGCUCGCCACAUCCCUACUGGCUGCCCAACUUCAUGGACGUCUUCACAUGGUCGCUGCCCUUCGUGGGCGAGAAGGUAACCGAGAUGCUGGUGAACAUCCUGAACAUUUGCUCCGACGAUGAGCUGGUCGCAGGACCCGAUGACGAGCUGGAGGAAGAGCUGCGCAAGAAAAUUGUGCUCGUGCCGGCGAACGCGAGCAAUAAUAACAAUAACAAUAAUACGCCCAGUAAGCCAGCUUCCAUGUCGGCGCUGCGCAAAGAGAUAAUACGGAAUAAGAUACGGGCCAUUGGCAAGAUGUCGCGCGUCUUCUCCAUUCUCAGGGAGGAGUCGGAGAGCGUGCUCCAGCUGAAGGGUCUGACGCCCACGGGCGCCUUGCCAGUGGGCGCCUUGUCCGGAGGAAGGGAUUCCCUCAAGGAGGCUCUGGAAGGACUGACCGCAUCCUCGCACAUCCACUCCUUUGCGGAGGCCAAGGGCCUGGAUGCGGUCAACGAACGGAUGCCGCCGCGUCGUCCGCUUUUGAUGAGUGCCAGCAGCAGCAGCAUCACCACGGUCACAAGGAGCAGCAGCAGCACCAACAACAACAACAACAAUAGCAGCAGCAGCAACAACAACAACAACAGCAGCAGCAGCACCACGACGACGACAAAGGACAUCAGCAACACCAGCAGUAAUGACACCGCAACCGUGACCAAAACGAGCAGGACGACUGUGAAAUCGGCCACCACCAGUAAUGUGCGGGCAGGAUACACCGCCAAGAAGUUCUCAUAGUGGGUGGACGCACUCGCCUGCUCGACACUGUUUUCUAUUAUUAUUUUCGUUUCGACCUUCUGUUACCCCUUUAAGUUUACACCUCGUUAGGGUAAGGUCAGACGUGGCAAUAAAUUAACGCACGCUGUUGCCAAACAUUAUGGUACUUUUGUUAGAAAAUUCUGAUGGCUUCUUCUAUGCGAUAGAUAAACAUGAAAGCGAGACAAUAGUGUGUGCCAAUUUAUUUCAGUGUCUGACCUUAGCUAAAAUUUAGUUAAAAUUUUAUACAACAACUUUCUCUAAUGCUAGUCAUAGACCAACAAAUUGCGGCCUGCGAUUGCACAGCUUUCGAUUGCAGGUGCAUACUUAUAGAAUCUCUCCGCAAAAACUCCCGGGCAAUAUUAGCAAAAAUUUAUACGCGACAUGAAAAAGUGUUUAAUAAAAGGUGGCUACAAGUAGCUAAUC